CAAAAGUGAAAAUAUUUUGUAUAAAAAAAAAUAUAAAAUAAUAAUUUCUAUUUGUUAUCAAUUAGUUCAUAGAGUAAAAAACAUAUUAAGUUUAAGCUUACAGUUGUAUAUGGUGCUACACAUAAUAUAAUAGCUCGUAAUACCUAAUCAUGUACGCGAUAGAAAAGAAAUUUGAGAUUGAAAUGAAACUCAAGAAGGAGAUGAGCAACAUGGCGGAGCUGAAGGCGGCAGCUAGCCGCAGCUCGGCGCUGGCCGGGGACGUUUGUAACGUGCUGGGUGCGUGCGAGCAGCGCCUGCAGCAGCUGGAGACUGCGGUGCUGCCGCUGUACGGCGACACGGCGCGCCUGCAGCAGAUACACCACAACAUGGAGCGCACCGUGAAAGCCUUGGACCACGUGAUCAACUACUACAUGGUGUCUCGUGAGCUGGCAGAUCUCGUGCAGGCUGGCCCGCAUACGUCCAGCACUGACACACUCAACAUUUACUUAGAGGCAUUGGAUAAGUUGGCUGAAGCACAGAAUUAUUUCAACAAAAACAACCCGCAGAGUGUUGAACUAGAAAACAUUAAUCAGCUGUACAACACAGGUGUAUUGAAAUUGGAGACAGCUUUUGAAGAGCUGCUGAACCGGAACACGCGGCCGCUCUCACCCACCACUCUGAUGGACAUGAUCGCUUUGGAAGAAGACUCAAGUGUGGACAGCGUGAGCGUGUCCGGGUCGGGGCCGAGCUCGUGCGGCGCCGCGCAGGCCACGGAGACUCUCCGCGCGGCCGCGGCGUGGCUCAGCGCCGCCGGCAGGCCUCCCGUGCAGGCCCUACUCACUGCUAGGGCUCCGGCCGCGAGACAGGCAUUGAACGCGUUUAAAGAUCAUCUGAAGGCGCGGUCCGUGCCGCAUGAUCCUAUUAUGAGAGCUAAAAACCUACUGCACCGUUCAGACAGCACUACGAAAAAAACAAGCAAGAUACAAAAAGUGAUAGAGAAGCGAGCGAACAAAAUAAUCCAGAGGGCUUCACAGACACUCGAGAAUUCUACCGGGCUGGCGUUAGGACCUCGCCGCUCCGUCAGCGAGUCUUACACUGAAGAGUCCUACGAAGCCCUAGAAGAAUGGGAAGCGAUGCUAGCGGGCUCCGUGGCGGCGGCCCUGGCUAAGCUCGCGCGACACGAGCAACGUACUCUUCUGGGACUUGUGCCGUUGCCUCGUUUGCCACCACUACUCGCCCAGAUUCUACACGAGUGCUUCGCCACGUUGCAUCAGGAUGUUGAGCGCGCCUGCCAGCGCAGCCGUCGCGCGUGCGCGCGCAGCUCGUGCGGCGCGGCGGCGUGCUGGGCGCUGCUGGCGCGCCUGCAGCGCCUGCAGCCCGACGUGGCGCGCGCGCUCGCUCCGGCUGAACCCACCGUCUACACCAGCAUCGUCAACAACUGCCACAUGCACUGCCUCAAGUCACUAGAGGAGUGGGUGUCGGGUCUCCGCAGCGACACGUUCGCGGGCGCCGUGGAUGGCACCGUGCACCAGCUGGCUGUGGCCGCGCUCGCGCACUGCCACACGCUGGCGCGCCAUCUGCAGACCAUAGGCCCGGCGCUGGCCACGGAGCCCGGGUACAGCAGCGCGGCGGCGGCGCUGGCGGGCGCGGCGGACCGGCACGCGGCGCUGCUCGGCCUGUACGUGCGCAAGGUGCUGGCGCAGCUCAACCUGGCGCUGCGCACCAAGAGCGAGCAGUACCCCGACGCGCUCAAGGCCAUAUUCCUGCUCAACAACACGCUAUAUCUCCUACAGGGCUUGCAGCGCAGCGGACUGAUCGAGGUAUUGAUGACGGUGGAGCCAGACUGCGAGGCUACCUACCGCGACAUGAUACACGAGUACAAGAGCAACUACCUGCAGAGUUGGAGCAAGCUGUUGGCGCACACGGUGCUGGAAGAGGCGCCACCGGCCAAGCUGCGCGACCGCGACCGACAGAUGCUCAAGGACAAGUUCGCGUCAUUCAACCGUGAAUGGGAGGAGUGUACCAAAGCGCAGCGCAGCUACAGCGUGCCCGACCCCGAGCUGCGCGAGGCUCUCAAACGAGACAAUAAGGAGACCAUACUACCGCCGUACACCAAGUUUUAUGACACUUACGGCUCUUUGCCAUUCUCGAAGAAUCCGGACAAAUACGUCAAGUACUCUCCCGUACAGAUUGCGACUCAGCUGGAUGGUUAUUUCGACGAAGCCGCUUAGACAAGGCUUACAGUAUACCACAAUAUUUAUUCCAAUUAUAUUUAACAAACAAAUAAAUCACCUUAUUUAACAUGUUAA